AUGGAGGAACAGCGAGGUCAAGACAGAGGGUCAUAUAUCUGGGUGAGAAGCAUGCAUAAUAUCUGCAUCGAGCAGUUGUGGGUGGACUGGACCAGCAUGGUCGGGUCCAAAUGGAAGUCACCCUUCCAAGAUCUUGAAGUGACUGGUGGACUCAAUCCCGAUAACACGGCCCAUAUUUGGCUCCUACAUCACCUUUUCUUACCUUUGAUUAACCACAAGGCGAUACAAUGGGCCAAUGCAUGGAACAUGCAUAAGAUGGCCUUACCAGAUGGACAGUGGAGUCAUUCACCCGCUGAUCUUUGGUGGUUUAGCAUUUUACAAACUUCCAGCCGCCCGAAUGUUGAUGAAAUUGAUGAGUAUGGUAUCGACUGGGAGGCAUAUGAAGAUCAGCACAUACAGGCACAUCAUACAGAGGGUAAUCAGCCAGACCACCUAGGUCACAAUCCCUUUGUUGCUCACCGACCUGAUCAUUUCAACAUUGUCGAGGUCGAGGAGCCAAAUUGUCCCCUGUCCCCCCAGCAUCUCACUAUCUUACAUCAGUAUAUUGUAAAUAUCCCCGACUCUACCAUGACAGAGAGGAAGAUACUUUGGAUGGAGUCGAUGCAAGUGUGCGCACAGUUUGUUUCGUAA